UUCAUCACUUCCACCAGGUCGAUUAAUGGCGUGAGUGGUCAGACGGAAUCCAGUUAUGGCGCUGUGGGGAUGCGCCAAUAUCUUCUGCAAGAUGGCAACGGUGUGGUUUCCCCUGCUCCUCUCAUCACUGCUCUUGCAAAUGAUCUCCCCUGUCCACGCCAUCCCAUCCUGCCCACGGAGUUGUAGCUGCCCGGGUGUUAAAGAGGUUCACUGUACGUUCAGACACCUCACCACCAUACCAAAAACUUUCCCCAAAGACACAGAACGGCUAAACCUGGGAUAUAACAGCUUGACAGAAGUGGAAGGAUCAGAAUUCAGUUCUCUACAGCAACUGGAAAUACUGAUGUUGCACGGCAAUGACAUCAGCACUGUCCACCCGGGAGCGUUCUACAGCCUCAGAUCACUACAGAUCUUGAAGCUGAGUUACAACAAACUACGAUCAGUCAGCCAUGGCCUGUUUGAGGGUCUUGUCGAUUUGAUCCGUCUUCAUCUGGACCAUAACCUCAUUGACUUUAUAGAGCCAUACUCUUUCUCUGGCCUGACCUCACUAAAACUGCUGCAGCUGGAGGGAAACCUUCUGAAAGAGAUCCAUCCUCACACCUUCAUAACUGUUUCAUUAUUCGGACAUCUUUGGACUUCUGGACUCAAACACUUACAUCUGUCAGAUAAUUUGUUGGAGAACCUUCCUGCCACUGUACUGACAACAGCUCCCAGACUUGAGCUGGUCUCUCUUCACGGCAAUCCCUGGACGUGUGACUGCCGACUACACUGGCUUGUAGACUGGAGCUCCACACAUGAAGGAGUAAUAAAGUGCAAGAAAGAACGUGAUCCAGGCUCCAGUGAGACUUGUCCCCAGUGCUUCUCUCCUCAACCCCUGAAUGGGACCCUUUUUCUCAUGAUAUCUUCAGAAAAGCUUACCUGUGAACGGCCUGUUCUUCGCUCCCCCCUCAAACAGUGGGACAGUCCAGUGUGGGCUCACUCAGAUUCAGAGCCUGACUUACCGUACACUCGUGACUUUGAAAAGCCAUUAGGCCACCUGACAUUUGUUCUUUCUGACAGCAAUGGAAACAGUGCUCAUGUCUCAUGUGAGGUACGCCAACCUGAAGAAGGCUCUUCCAUGAAUUGGAUGGUGAAUCCACUUUCACCCAGAGAAGUAUCUGUCAAUGCAUCUCUUGCAACUGUUCUUGAGUGUGAGAUUGACCGAGAAACAUUGCAAAAUCUAUGGCAAUUGGUGGCAUAUUACUAUGAAAGCCCUGCUAUCUUGGAAAGAGGUCAACAAAGAAGAAAUUCAAGUACUUAUCAGUAUGCUCAAGCUAUCAAUGAAAAUUCUCCAUAUUUUACAGAUUUAAAGGGUUAUUUGGUGGCAGAACCCUCAUGGCUACUCCAACCCAAAGUUACCCUGAGGCUUAAUAGAAAACAGACAACAACUAAGAAACUAGUGAUGGAUUUCACUACUGUUAUUCACAAGGCCUUUAAAAGCCAUAGUGAGCAAGCUGGAGAAGAAGAAGAAGAAGAAGAAGCUUUUUCCUGGGCACUGAUUCGCCGUGAGUCAGUGGGGCGGGUUCAGACUGCUCUUGAGGGUUCAGAUAUUCACUUAGAAUGUAGUGUUGUCACUUCAGGCUCACAGGUGAAAGUGGAAUGGUUGCUUCCAGAUUUGUCCAUUGCAGGAGGUGUGACAGGUAAAAUUGAAAUUUCUGAAAGAGGAGGCCUUGUAAUUUUGAAUGCUACACUGUCUGAUUCAGGUGUCUACUACUGCAUGAUCAGAACCAAAGCUGGAGUCGACUUGAUGCCUCUUAGACUCACCAUCAAGGAACGCUUCCUCAGCCCCACUGCCUUCAAUGGUCAAAAUAUUUUAGUUGAAAAGGGACAUUCUUUGUCACUCCGCUGUGAAGUGACCUCACCUCAGCCCAGUCUUACAGUGUGGUACCUGCCCAAAAAUCAAAUUCUUCUCCCAACACAACAGGCAAGAAGGGCAGAAGUGACUGAAAAUGGGACUUUAGUUGUAAAGAGAUUGACAGAAGAAGAUGCUGGGGAAUACAGCUGUGUGGCCUCAAACCUGUAUGGAGUUGACAUGCUGUCACACAUGGUGGAAGUCACAGGAAAUGGUGGCUCUGGAAAAUCCAAAGUACAUCCAGAGAAAGCACAGCAGAUUACAGUGUCUCUAAGUGAGGAAGGAGAAGGAUCAGGGAGCGAUUAUCAGGAAAUUAUACGUCCUUUUGCCACUGAGUUGCCAAAGAAGAUAGGAAUACAGCGCAACAAUUCAAGUGGGCUUUUAAAAAGAAAAAGAAUAAAAGAUUCAAAUAAAAACACUACUAAGUCUGUUAAGGAACUAGAUCCAAAUCGCUGGGCAGAGAUAUUAGCUAAAACCCACUCGAAGGCAAAUGUUGCUCUGAUCACAGUGGACUCACUACCAGAGCUCAUCAUGAAAAUAGCCACCACUGUAACUGUCCAAACAAGCACUUUCAAAGCUACCACACCCAGGCCAACUAUAAAUACAACUGCAAGUGCUUCUCCUGCUAGCAACUUCUACCAUACCACUGUUCCUGAUAUUAAGACAGAACCAUCAAAUUUUCCUGUCAAUGCAAGAGUGAAGACUAAGGCUCCUUCAGUAGUAAACAUAGAUGAAGAUAACCAAUCUGGAAUGUGGGAACAUCAGCGAGAGAGAAGCAUGGCACCAGCUGUCCACCGUGAUGAUAACAAAGAGUCCCCUACCAUGAUAACUAUUCAGCUAAAGACAAUCAAACAGACUGAAAAUAGGCGCUCUGGUGAGCAGAAAGAGAACUCCAACUUUACUAUUGGUCAAGCAAACAGACGAAGGCCAUUUUACAGACGGAGAAAACUACCACUGAGAAGAAUCCAUCCACAUCUAAACCCCAACUACCAUUUAUCAACCAAGCCUCAAAUAACUCUCCCCCAUACAACAACCACAACACCAACAACUACUACUACAACUACUACCACUACGACCACUACUACUGCACCUGCUCCAGUCAGGACAGAAAAACAUGAGCCCUCAGUUUAUGAGUAUGAGACAGAGGAAGAUGAGGGUGAUUUAGAACACUAUGAGAAAUAUAACAACAAGGACAGUGAUAUUUUGGAUGCAAAGGAAGAUUUAUACAGUGAAACACAUACCUUUCAUGACUUGAACAACAGUCCAACCACAUUUCUAUUAGAAAAUGAUCCCACAGUAGACCGGCCAUCAGGUAGACAUAAUCUGGGGAAUCCAGAGAGAAUCCCUCAUCCAACUGAAGUGACUGCUGAGAAAAAGACUAAAAAUCGAAAAUAUAUGGGAAGGGAAUUAGACCUACAAGAACAUGAAAAUACCAGAGAAGAAGGCGAUCACAAAGAAAAUCUUGCAAGAGAGGGGGAGAGAAAUGUUAGCCCAACAAUAGAUGAACAAGAAAAAUAUAAAGUAGACACUAAAGGAAGUGACAAAGAGACAGAAAAAUCUGAAAGAGAUAGGGUUAUGCAGAGAUACAACACACAGAACAACAUCCCUUUAACAACUCCAAACAGAGCUGGAACUCUUACCCAACCUUCAGGAGAAGCAACACCUCAAGCCCAAGCAAAACCUAACUCCCCCAAGGUCACUUCACCACAUUCAAACAGAGACACAACAAAAGAACAUGCUAUACCAAAACAAAAAGCAGAAGAUGUGAACAAAUCAAAAACACAGCCUGAGAUCCACAAGUUCCCCAUAAUGGACCCAGUUCACCCCUGGAUCAUCAACCAAAGAAGAGGACAAAUGACUGCUUCAAGAACGGCAAACACAGACAGAAACACAAAGAAAGAAGGAGGCCAAAGGCAUGGAAAACAGCAGGAAGAGAAACCAGCAAGGCAUUCCCAACCUCCACGAAUAUUCCCAACAUCCCACUGGUCUUCACCUCAUCAUCAUCACUACCCUUACUACCCUUACUACCCAAAUCAAAGGACAUUUCAUCACUCCAGACAAGGCACUGGGUCAUAUCCUGUGCCCACCCACAGGACCUGGCCAAUACCCCAUCCCUGGGCUCAAGGCUCAUCUAUCACGAACCGACCAGAGAUCACAGCUGAAACUGUGAAACCCACCCCAACUGUUUCUGGGCCAACAGGGACGUCCAGAUUCACCCUCACCAAACCCCAUCUGUCACAACAUCAUUAUGAAAAUCAUCACUUCGAUGUCAGAGCCCAAACCAGAGAUCAGCUGUUUUUAUCAAGACUGAGAAACAGAUACAGACAGGCACACCUUGAGCGUAUCACUCAGCUGGGAAGGAUAGUGACACCAAAACCUCAUGUUAGGUACCACCCAGCACCCAAAACACCCACACCGAGUCCUCCGUCUGUCCACAGGCCCUACAUCCCAAAGCCACCAGCAGCCACUGCGUUUUACACCCUGCAACCUCCGAAAGCUGCUAAAUCAUUUUCUAGUUUCAACCCAACACACCACCUUCAGCCCUCUGCCACCCCUGGGGUUCCAUACGGAAGUCACUGGCCUGUCGGUGGACGAGUCAGUUCUCUGCGUCCAACCGCGGCGCCUCCUUUCUCAUGGCUGUUUGGGGCUAAACCUGGAGCUGCUGGGGAAAAACUGCGCAUCACCACAGUGACCACCGCUAGUGUAUCAGUACUGGCAGAAAGCGAUGUGGCUCUGCCCUGUAAGGCCACAGGAAAUCCUGAACCAAACAUCGCAUGGACAAAAGUCUCCACAGGUGCCACCAUCCCAGCCAACACCAAGCAUGGCCCUCGUUUUGAAGUCUUGAAGAAUGGAACAUUUGUUAUCAAAAGUGUCCAGCUCCAAGAUAGAGGUCAAUACCUCUGCACUGCUCAAAACAGGUUUGGGUCAGAUCGCAUGGUGGUCACCUUAACUAUCCAGACUGAGGCUCCCAAGAUUCAACCUCCAAAGUCCCCAGAGAUACUAAUCUAUCUUGGGAAAAGUGUGAUGCUCGACUGUCUUGCUUCUGGAAAGCCUCCAGCACAUAUCUCUUGGAUCCUUCCAGAUAGGACAUUUGUUCGUGAAGUGGCUUUGCAUUCUCUCUUCUCCCCAGUGUCUCUACUUCCAAAUGGAACUCUGCUAAUUAAGUCUGCUAAUUUCUCCAGCAAAGGGGACUAUAAAUGUAUUGCAAGCAAUGCAGCAGGUGCUGACACAGUCACCUACAAUCUCCAUGUAGCAGCUUUGCUUCCAAGUAUCAGUGAAGGAAACACGGACACUAUGAUCAUUGAGCCAGGGAGGAGUGUAUAUGCCCACUGCUCCCCCAAAGGUGAACCAGUACCCACACUGAAAUGGAUUCUCCCAGAAGGGAUACAAGUUAAACCAUCACAGUUCCUGGGACACAGACUGUUUAUCUUCCCCAAUGGCACACUGUAUGUGAAGAAUGUUUCACCAAGCGAUGCUGGAAGGUAUGAGUGUUUGGCCACCAAUGCUGUUGGCAUUGCCAAGAGAACAGUCCAGCUGGAGGUGAGGGCAGAUGCCCCCUCUUUCUCCACCCAGCUUUCUCCUGCUCUUCCCUUUCCUCCACCCUACCAGCAUGCGGUGCCGGUGCGGCAGCACCCUGUUUCAGCCAUGUAUGGUUCUGCUGUUUACCUCCACUGUCCUGAGUCCACCAGAUCACCAAGAGGGACCAUCUGGCAACUACCUUCCAAGACGAUCAUGGAGCAUCGAUACAGUCCAGAGAGACCCAUUAAGGUGUUCCAGAAUGGAACUCUGAGGAUCCUUCAGCUCACAGAGCUUGAUGGAGGAAAUUAUUUGUGUGUCUUUCAGCGUGAAAAUGGGGAGGACAUGGAGCUCUUCCAGGUGGAAGUGUUAAUGACCCCUCCUAGAAUUGAACAUUUGAGAACUGCAAAGACCAAAGUCACCUUUGGAGACAAUUUCCAGGUGGACUGUGUUGCAACAGGGCUGCCUGAUCCAGAGGUUUCCUGGAGCCUCCCAGAUGGAACACUAAUCAACAACGCCCUUCAAUCAGAUGACAGUGGACUUCGCAGCCGUCGCUAUGUUAUAUUCGGAAAUGGAACCUUACUUCUCCAACAGAUGGGCAAAAAUGACGAGGGUGACUACACUUGCUAUGCGAAGAACAAACUGGGCAAAGAUGAAAGAAAAGUGAGUGUUAAAGUGGGACCAAAUGCUCCACGAAUCAGAUCAAAAUUACAGUCUCUGGUGAGGGUGAGGUUGGGAGAGUCAGCUCAGUUGAACUGUGAAGCAGUUGGUGAACCUGCUCCAAGAAUCAUUUGGAUCUCACCUCAAAAGGAAGUUAUACCAGUGUUAUCAGACAAAUAUCAGAUUCUGGAUGGUGGACUGCUGGUGGUAAAGGACAUGACACUUGGAGAUGAAGGUAACUAUGCCUGUGUGGCCAGAAAUUCUGCUGGUGAUGAUGUGAAAAACAUGAAACUGGAAGCUGAAUUACAGGAGCCCUUCAUCAGUGGUGUAAAAGGGAGGAGUACCACAAAAGUAUUGGCAGUUUUCUAUCAAACUGCACUUCUGGAUUGCAAAGUCAAAGGGAAACCCGAACCAAGACUCUGGUGGGUAACACCUUAUGGUCACUCUCUCCCAUCACCGUAUGUUGGUGGACGCUUCCAAGUCCACCAAAAUGGAAGUUUAGAAGUGAGAGGGGUAAGGAAAACAGAUGAAGGGCGGUAUAUGUGUUUGGCUAAAAACCAUCUCGGGGAAGCCACACUUUUAGUUGACUUAGAUGUGGCAUCACUGGCCGAGAAACCGAGCUUCGCACUUCCAAACAUUGAAAUCUUAUCAAUUAAGCAAGAUGGCAGCAACUUAAUAUUGGAAUGUCCUGCUCGUGGAAAACCACAGCCUGACUUUACAUGGGUGCUACCCAAUGGGACAAUAUUAUCACCAGCCAUUAGACUCCAACGCUUCAUCCAUCAUCCAGGUAAUGGAAGUCUGCAGAUUUUUCACCCAGCUGCAAGCGAUAAGGGAGUGUAUCGGUGCAUAGCAAAAAAUGUAGCAGGCCAAGCGGAGAAGCGUUAUGCCCUGGAAACAGGCAGGAAACCAGUGCUUAGAGGAUCUACAGGUGGGAUAAAGAUCACUUACGGCCACAGUCUCAGCUUGCCCUGCACUGUAGAUGGCUGGCCACAGGCAUCAAUCACGUGGACCCUACCAAACGGUGUUGUUUUGGACAAACCUCAAACCAUUGGUCGUGUUUCUUUCUUUGCCAAUGGCACACUCCACCUGAGACAGGUUGCCACCUUUGACAAAGGAACAUAUAGCUGUAAAGCCUCCAACACCUUUGGGUCAUCGGCAUUGUCCUAUCCAGUUACAGUGAUGGUUUUCCCACCUCGUAUCACCAACAUAAUGGCCUCCAUCACCAGAGUCAACCGAGGAUCACCAGUGACAUUACACUGCAUUUCCACUGGUAUUCCUAAACCUGAAAUUUCAUGGACAUUGCCUGGACGCACGACACUGGUUCCGCAUAGCCGGAUCACAGUGCAGGGAGGGAUUACGAUGACAGCAGAAGGGAGUCUGGUUAUACAAAACCCUGUGCUUUUGAACUCUGGCAUUUACAAAUGCAAUGCUAAAAAUGCCCUUGGAACAGACUUUAAAUCUACAUACCUGCAAGUGGUCUGAAUAGCAGAUUUUGAUUGUUUUUACCCUGAAGGAAAGUCUCACAGCACAAUUAAGACUGGGUGAAGAUUUUCCUGUUCAAUAAAAAAAAAAAAAAAUGCCUCAGAGACAGACACAAAUCUGCAAAGUUAAAGGUGCUCAACACACUUUGAAAAGCAAUUUCCACUGAGUAAUGAAGUUUCUUACUGGGACAUUACCGUGAAUCUACGUUUGUGAUUUAUAAGUACAUUUAAUGGAUCAAAUGUAAAUGUCUUUUAGCCUCACAUUUUGAAUCUUAAAAUGCAUUUUCAUACCACAAAGUACUAUUUUUGGAUUCUAUCAUGCAGGUUUAACUCACCAUUUCUGUUAGUUUGUAAAUUUGUCCUGUGAAGUAUAAAUUCAUUUUAGCAUAACAUUGCUUGCUUUGGAAAUGAAAUAACUGCACACUCUUCUGUAAAAAGACUGUUAUAUCUAAAUGUUUCCCCUCAGUAUGCCUUUCAAAGAGAAGACAGAAGUUUAACGUGGUUCUGCUUAAGGAGGGUGGAACACAGUUUGGUUCUUGUCAAGCCUGCAUUCAUAUGGUCAACAUAAGACCAAAGUCUGUCCAAGGCCCAUUAAUUGCAUUACUGCACACAUUACUACCAUUGUGUGACAGUCGAUUUGGAUAUUUAGCAUGUUUAUGAGGCAUAUUAAACCACACAUAAUACUGUAAUGUACCUACAUAUGUUACUUGGUGAAAAAAUGUUCAAUUCAAAUGAUCUCAAAUGUUAUGUCUUUAAAAAUGCAUCAAACAUGGUCUCAAAAAUACUAUUUUUGCAACACUGUUGAAUAAGAAAGACCCAAACCCCAACAGGCAUCUGAAUUUGUGUUCACACAUUCAUGGAAUAGGAACGCAUUAAUCCACAGCCUGCAAGAUGACCACUGUUAGGUUCUUUUAUUGUGGUGAGUGAUCUCAAAAGGAAUUGGACAGGAAAUGCACUUCAAAGUUUAGAUGUUGUACUGAACAAAGCAAGCCCUGAUACAGAUCAGGGUUUGCAUGUGAUCUUGGACCAGAUCUCAUGCAAAGAUCUGGACAAAGAGCCCGGAUCUCAGCCCAGGAUCCUCUGGGUUAGGCCUGAAUUCUGAGACAACUGUGGCCAAAAGGGCAGAGCAUGCACUCUGAGCCAAUGAUUUCUCAUUGCCAAGACUGAGCUCGCAUAACAUAAUCAUUCAGAACUCAA